UUCCUCUUUCCUGUCGCUGUUCUCUUCUCUCUUUCUCUUUUGUUUCUCCCUCCCUUUUCUCAUUCCGUCAUUCCUCUUCUUUUUUUCUCCCGUCGUCCCACAGCCCUUUCCACGGGUGAUUUACCUGCCGUAAACAAACAGAUCCCCAACCGCACCGCCCCCUCCUCCCUCCCAUUCACUGCACGUGAUACCAGUCCCCUCCCUCUCGUCUCGCUUCUCCACACGUACACACACAGACUCCUUCUCCUCCCAUACCCGUACAUCUAGAGACUCUCUUGCUGCAUUGCACAGCACAGCAUAAUUCAUACAUACACAUACACACACACACACACGUACACACGCUCCCACGUACACAUCCGCACAGCCAUGGCCAUGUCCCUGUCUCCCGCCCUUUCUCUGUCCUCCUCCCCUUGCCCCAAGACUCGCUAUCACCACCAUCACAGCUCCACCACCACUGGUGCCUAUCACUCCAGGACAAACAGCGAGUCCCUGCUCUUCACACCCCCACUGUCCCCAACGGAGGAGCAGCUCCUGGCCUUCUUGAUUCCCGAUAUCGAGCCCUCGGAACUUGCUGCAUAUCUUUCCGCCCCAGCGACUCCCAUCCUCUCUGACGUCUCUUGUCUGAUUGGAAGGAGUCUUCCCGUCGCUGACGACCACCACUCCUCCGACGCCUCCAGCCCUCAUGCCGAGGCUGUCUAUCCUAGCCCUGUCUGCGCCGCUGCCGCAGCUACCGUCGUUGCCCUCGACCGACUCGACAGCUGUAUUUAUCCCUCGCUGCCAUGCCCUCCCGAGGACCACUCGAACUCCGUGGCCCACUACAAGAAGAAGCGCUGUUCUACCUACGCCUUCAUGGGCUCUGAUGACGAGGAGGAAGAGGAGCGCGAGGAGCCCUUGGAUUUUUUGUGCAGUCCUGUUUAUGUGAUGUCUAGCAGAAAUACCCGCAAGCGUCUUAUGCUAGAGCAGGCCUUCGUCAGCCCCGAUGAUGAAGAGGACUGUAGCAGCCAGAAUUGCUACGCUCAGAUCUUCCAGGGCGCCUCUUCCGAGGAAGUCGAUUCGGCCUCUGACCUUUUCAGCACCCUGGCCUUUGACCUCGUCAUGGCCUAGGCGCAUUUUUUCUUUCUCUCUCUUUCUUCAGUUCUUUCUUUGUCUCUUUGUACAGUUCCUGUCACCAACAGCAUCAUUGUCUGUCUGUCUUCAGUUUUACUACCCAGCAUUUCAUUCCACGUUGUCGUAUUUUCUUUCUCUGUCCUUUUGUAUAUGAUUGCUGUACAAUAGCCCUUUCCUGCUUUCCUUUUUCCUCCUGUAGCUGUACAACUGUAACAUCUUUGUCCGUCUUCCUUUCACCAUUGUAGCAGUAUCAGUUUUGACAACAUUAGCCAAACACUAAACCAUUGUAACCAUACAACAUAAAAACAUCUGCGA